UGCCCUGCGGUGUCUCCUUUCAGACUGACUGGAAAGAAGAAACAAAAAUAAAAAAUUUUCCUCUGUCGGUCUUCUCUAGUUGUAGAGAGACGACAGUAAUUCAAUCAAAGUCUCCUUCUAAUUAGCGGGCAUGGUGCCCAAGUCGCUUGCUAGCUCGAUUGUGUGCUCCUCUUCCUCCUCUUCUUCCCUCAUCAUCCCCUCAUCGCCCUCGUCUGCUUUUAAACGCAGCCCACUGUGGAGCGCGCACUCCAAGUCCAGGGUCUCCCCAACAUCCGCAGCGCCGGUGCGGCGAUAUCGAGCCGUUUGGCCAUCCUACGGCAUCACCACGCCGGUUCCAGAUCUUAACCCACAUUUCCCCAUCUCGCAAUCUCCGUAUUGCUUCCAGACGGGCUAUGCCCUUUGCGCCAAACGCGCGCCGCGGCCGUUCCCCCCACCGUUCCUCUCUCCCCCGUCCUCUUCCUUUUCCGACCCCCUGACCACCCACUACCUAAGUCAGGAUAAGAGAUUAUCCGUUCGGGGUGAUCUAGUCCGGGGCCUGAGCAAUGGGGACGAUGCCGUUCUAGUCGCCGACAAUUAUCUGGCUGUUAAUGAUGGGGUAGGAGCGUGGGCAACCAAGCCCCAGGGCCAUGCAGCCCUCUGGGCCAGACUACUCCUUCACUUCUGGGCGCUGGAGGUUGAGCGCGUCUCCAACACGAGUACGCAACUCGACCCCAUCAGCUACCUGCAACGGGCGUACGAGGAAACCAUCCAGGCGACCAGCUCCCCGGGCCAAUGGCUGGGCACGACCACCUCCGUCACCGCCCUGCUGCAUUGCACGCGCGACCAUGCCGGGAACACGAACCCGCUGCUGUAUGUGACCUGUCUCGGCGACUGCAAGAUCUAUGUCAUCCGGCCCCGCGAGAGAACGAUCGUCUUCCGCACCCAGGAGCAAUGGCACUGGUUCGACUGUCCGAUGCAGCUGGGCACGAACAGCGUCGACACGCCGAAAAAGGACGCGGUGCUCAGCAAAAUCGACGUGCAAGAGGGCGACAUCGUGCUGGCGGUCUCGGAUGGCGUCGUGGACAAUCUCUGGGAGCAUGAGAUUCUGACGGUCGUUCUCGAGAGCCUCGACAAGUGGCACCAAGGCCGCUAUGACAACAAGGAGAUUGAGUGGGCGCCGCCGGAGGUGCUGGCCCACGAGCAGAUGGUCUAUGUCGCUAGGGAACUCCUCCGGGCUACGUUGGAGAUUGCCCAGGACCCGUUCGCGGAGAGUCCAUAUAUGGAGAAGGCCAUCGACGAGGGUCUGGCCAUUCAAGGUGGGAAAAUGGACGAUAUUAGCGUCGUGGUUGGUGCGUGCAGGAGGAGAGAGCAUUGAGUCUGAUUUCAAGCAUUGAUAUAACUUGCAUACAGCGAUCCACCGGAUUGUCGACUACGACAUGCGUGGCUAAUAUCUCGGGUCUCAUACUGUGUUGUCGUGCGUGACUGCGCCGCCUGGGCAGUCGGCGUACUGUCGACAGGGCAGAACGGCGCUCAGUUGCGCCACGGCAACCCUUGGCGUUCAGUGAAUGUGUGUAAAUGGUCGAAUGGUGAAGGGAUGGUGUAUAUAUUGCAUGGCGAUGGGCAUUGAUACCACAUGUUGUCUACUUUGAAGGGGAUGCGGAGCAUUUGUCGCUGUCUGCCAGCUUAGGCUUUUCGUUUACAGAUUUGAUUGAUAGACUAUACAACUUCUAAUCUAU